UCAUCGCUGCCUGAAGGAGACAAGGAUUCGGAUAUUAUGGAAGUGGCAGCUCUGGGCCGACCUUUCACCUUAGGGAUGCUCUACAGUGCCCGGAGAGAUAAACUCAUCCCAGGUGUCACACUGUGGGAUGAUAAAACUCUGAAGGAGAAAUUGGUGGAGAAUGAUCAGCACAGCAGUGAGUUUGAAGUCAGUGGGACAGAUUCCAUCGACAAAAAGUCAUCGCUGCUGGACAUUGAUGCUUCCCUGAAGUUCAGUUUCUUUGGUGGACUGUUUGAAGUUGGAGGAUCAGCCAAAUAUCUGAAGGAUAAAAAGAAAUCUGACAAUCAGAGCCGAAUCACCCUUCAGUACAAAGCUACCACCAAAUUCAAACAGCUGAUGUUGACUCCUGAUGAAACCAAAAACACCCAACAAGCAGAAAAUGUGAAACAUUUGGCGACACAUGUAGUCACAGGAAUCCUUUAUGGAGCAAAUGCUUUCUUUGUGUUUGACAGUGAGAAGUUAGAUCCUAAAAACAUUCAGGAAAUCAAGGGAACCAUGCAAGCAGUGAUAAAGAAGAUCCCCUCAUUUAAUGUUGACGGGAAAGUUGACAUCAAGCUGAGUGAUGAAGAAAAGACUGUGACUGAUAAAUUCACCUGCAAAUUCUAUGGAGACUUCAUUCUUGAAAGCAACCCUGUAACAUUUGAAGAUGCAGUGAAGACAUACACCCAACUUCCAAAACAACUGGGAGAACACAAAGAAAAUGGUGUUCCACUGAAGGUCACAAUGAUGCCUCUGAAGAUUUUAAAUCCCAGAGCCAUUGUGUGGAUUAAGGAGAUCAGUGUUGGACUUGUUAGAAAGGCUCAAGAUGCUCUGAAGGACCUCUACAAUCUGGACAUAAGAUGCAAUGAUCUGCUGGAGGACAGAGUGGGGAGAAGCUUUCCACAGAUAAAAAAAAAGUUGAGCACAUUCCAGGAGCUCUGUGAGUAUUACAGAUCUUCACUUCAGAAAACAAUGGCUGAGAAACUUCCUUCCAUCAGGGCAGGUGAGGAAGAUGAGCAGAAAUUAGUGAAAGUGUUUGAUGACAGAGACAAAUCCCCGUUCAGUCAGGAGAGAUUAACCAAGUGGAUCGAAGAUGAAGAGAGAGAAGUCACCAUCAUCAGGUACUUUGUAGACAUGAUGGAGGGAGCAAAGAUCAUCUCAGAUCAGUCUGAGCUGGACAGAGAGGUGUUUAAUCCAGGAGUAGAGGAAGUUCUCUGCUUUGUUUUCACCUCCCUGAAAUCCACUGACCCAUAUCUGCAGAACAUGUCUGACUACUUGGAGAAAAAGAAACUGGAAGGUACUGAUGGUAACACUCCACCUGCCCAGGACCAAUGGUACUUCUCAGAUGAAGUGAUAAAGAAGAUGACAGAAAAGGCCGAAAAGCUUGCCAAAAAGCAGAAGGAAAAAAAGAAACGCUCUUUCCUAAUAGCAGCCAUUGCAGAUGAACAAAUUGAAGGAGGAAUUUUCCGCACAUACAAGAACACUGUCCUGGUAUCACCCUGAUAGGACUGUGAGAUCCCAGGUUGAGAAGCAGCAACCUGACCAUCCUGAGAGAUUUGAUGCAAUCCAUCAGGGUCUGUGCAGAGAGGAGCUAACUGGGCGCUGUAACUGGGAGAUGCAGUGGAGUCCCUUUCUUUUUGCUACUGUUUUUGUAGGUGUUUGUGGCAGACGACUAUAUACGUCUUAUGUAAAGUUUUUUUUAGCCUCAGCUGGUUUGCAAUAACUUUUCUUUUCUCUCUUUUUGUCAUUUAUACCAUCUUUGAUCCUGACAUUUAUCUUGAUGAAAGCCUUUAAUUGUUUCAUGACUGGUUAAUCCAAGCUUUUUUUCUUUGUGAUGAUUUGAUGAGUUUUGAGUUUUUCUUUGUAUUAUUUUCUUCGAGCAUGAGAUUAGAAUCCAAGAGUAUGUAAAAAUCAAUCAUUUGUAUUCUAACUGGUUGCAUUUGAUCAGCUGAUUGAUUAGAAAGCAUUUAUUCAAUUUCAAACAUUUAUAUUUGCUUUUUUAUUUCAUUUGAUCUAAAGCUUCUGCCUUCUGCCUUUUCAUAUUUGCUGUUUUCAUAAUAGAACCACUUUGUUGAUAAUUCAAUAUGAAGAUUUUUAAUUUUUAGAUUAAAUAUCGAGUAAUUUUUUCCCCGGUUGAUCGAUCAUUUACUGUCUCACAAUUGAAACAUGAAUUUAAAAAAAACAAAAACAUGAAUGAAUGCAGUUAUAAUU